AUGGCAGCCUCACGAUCCGUCUCGAUUACAUACGUACCAGCAGAUUGCGGAUCAAUCAUCCCCGGCAAAUCCAAAGCUCCUAAAGCCUUUCAGGACGUGGGAAUCGUCAGUAAACUACGAGACGUCGGUAUAUCGUCUAUCUCAGAGCAUCAUGCGCUGAAGUCACCGGCAACCUUUUCUACAGCAACCUUUGCUCUAGGCGGUGUCCGAAAUGAGGAUAUCAACAUCUCUGUCUGUGGAGACGUUGAACGCACCAUCAGCAAGAACCUCGAUUCUUCAUCCGACCAACCUGAAUUCCAGCUCAUCCUCGGUGGCGAAUGCUGUAUGCUGCCUGCUAUUCUCUCUGCCUUUUGGAAACACGCAGAGUCGCAGUCUUCUCCCAAGCGUGUUGGUUUGAUUUAUAUCGACGCUGAUACCGAUCUUACCUCUCCAACAGAUCCUGCAUCUAUCGGGACGUUUGCCGGGAUGAAUAUGGCACAUCUCGCACGACUGCCCGGCGCACUUCCACGCAUGGAGCAAUUCUCCCGUUCAUCUGGCGGACCUGUCUGCGAUGCCACCAACACCGUGUUCUUUGGCACCAACAUGUCUCUACCGGGAAACAAACCAGAGCAUUUCAAGUAUCUUUUUGACAACAACUACAAGGUCGUCAGUUCAGCUUCUGUUGCCAAAGAUCCUGAACAGCGGGCGAGGGAAACACUGGAAUAUCUGAAAGAUAAGGUUGAUAUCAUCAUGGUUCAUUUGGACGUUGACUCGAUUGAUCCCGGAACGUUUCCUUUGGCGAAUGUGCCAAACUUCACGGGAGUUGAAUUCGACAACAUGAUGAGAGCGCUUAAAGUGCUGCUUGGCAGUGACCAUGUUACAGGUCUCACUGUUGCGGAGGUCAAUCCAGAUCACGACCCUGGGCUGGCUAUGGUUGAGAGACUCACCUCUCGCAUAGUUGAAAUGUUAGCAGCCAGAUAG